CCACAGAGCAGCAGUUACCUCCUCCUCUCUCUCUACCGGUAGUAUCCCGGUCCUCUCUCCUCUCUCCGCUCUCCAUGUCCCCGUCAUGGUGGACCUGAGCGCCGGCUGGAACCUGUCCUUCGCCGGCUGCGGGUUUCUGGGUAUCUACCACAUCGGAGUGUCCAGCUGUCUGCUGGAGAAAGCGCCCUACCUGCUGCAGGGAGCCUCCCGGCUGUACGGAGCCUCCGCUGGAGCUCUGACCGCCUCGGUGCUGGCCAGCCAGGCGUCCAUCACUCAAUGUUGUGAAGAUGUCAUCGCAGUGGCGAAAGAAGCCAGGAAGAGGAACCUGGGCCCCCUUCACCCGACCUUCAACCUGGUCAAGGUGAUAAAGUCCGGCCUGGAUCGUGACCUGCCGUCUGACGCGCACCUCCUGGUCUCGGGGCGGCUGUGCGUUUCGCUGACCAGAGUGUCCGACGGGGAGAACGUGCUAGUGUCGGAGUUCAGCUCCAAGGAGGAACUCAUCCAGGCGCUGAUCUGCAGCUGUUUCAUUCCCGUCUACUGCGGCCUGAUUCCUCCGUCCUUCAGGGGAGUGCGUUACGUGGACGGCGGGAUCAGCAACAACCUGCCGCAGUCGGAGCUGAAGAACACCAUCACCAUCUCUCCCUUCUCCGGCGAGUGUGACAUCUGUCCCCGCGACAACUCCACCAGCUUCCACGAGCUGCGCUUCACCAACACCAGCAUCCAGAUGAACCUGGGCAACAUGUACCGCCUCAGCAGGGCCCUGUUUCCACCAGAACCCAAGGUCCUGGCUGAGAUGUGUCAGAGCGGUUAUAAAGAUGCUCUACGCUUCCUUGAAGAAAACAACCUGCUGAUGCUGGAGCAUCCGACCUCGGGCCUCGCCCCGCCAGAGAGCCCGCCAGAGAGCCCGUCCGCCUGCUGCGGCAAGCACACGGAAACCAACAAAGAGUGGGUCCUCCGGAGGCUCCGCCUGCUGCGCAAACAGCACUGGUGGCUGGAUGAGCAGAUCGUUCUGCCCACGUCCAUCAAGAAAGUGUUCUGCGAGGCCUGCCAAGACAAACCCGGCCUGUAUGCCAAGGUGUCCGGGAUGCUGCCAGUGAGAGUGGCCUCCUACAUGCUCAUGCCGUACACGCUUCCUGUACAGUCGGCCUACUCAGUGGCCCAGAGGUUAGUGGAGUGGAUCCCAGAGGUGCCGGCGGAUAUGCGCUGGCUGUUUGGGGUGGCAGGUGACAUGUACCAACAGGCCUGGAGAGGAGCACCAGCCAUCAGAGAGCCGUGCCUGAGGAAAUGCUUGAGCGAGCCGCCUCUACCUACAGAGUGUGAUAAACCCAUGCAGGGAGACAACCCGCCUCCUCUUUCCUCCCUAGACCUCCACGGCAGCUACUGGGAGAUCCCCAAAUCUACCUCCUCCCACCAUCAUCCUCACAUCGCCCCCUCCUCUCCGCAAAAAGUUAGCUUCUACGUCGGCUCGCAGGAUGAACCUGAAUGAUUCAGGACCUGCACUUUGACAAUCAUGACCCCACUUCCUGUGAGGAGGAGCUGGUGGAUCGACGGGGUGGUACAGAUUUGAACCAGCAAACAAAAUGUUUUCAAGGAAACGCACAUUUAAUCUCUGACUCUGAACACUCCAGGCGGCACCGACUGUAUUAUAUUUUAACGAGUGCUCUGGAGAACUCACUCAGGAUCGUGGAUGUGUCUUUUAUGACCUUUUUUUUUUUUAUGUACAGCACUAGAAAAGUGUCUAGUUUUACAAUCUAACUACAACCCUACCUACCUGUUGGUUUAAAAUAUACUCAAUGUAGCAUUCAUUC